AUGCAGAAACUGGAAGAGACAAUAGGCAAGCUUGUAGAAGAAGAUCCAGAUACGCCAGUCAAAUCAGGUUCUAAAGAGAUAUUUGAAUUCAAGUCAAGACGUAAAGAAAACAAAAUCCUAAGCGAACUUACCGGGUUGGCCAUUAAAGAAACAAGAACAAAACAGAAUGGCGCUCAGUAUGUCUGUAAUCUUAGUGGGCCCAAUGGAUCAUUAGACUUUUCGCUAUUCAUUCCUAACCAGAAAGAUAAGCGAAUACUAUAUUUUCCUAUACUCAAAAGGCAACGAAAUACCUCUAUAUUUCCUCAUUUACCAGACUAUCUUCGAAUCGAUAUUGAGUUUAAUAGAGAUCAAUUGAGCAGAUUCUUUUGGAGAUCCUUAGCUGCACUCUAUAAACAAGAAACAAAUGAAGAAAAUGGAGAAUAA